CUGGCCGUAAACUCGCUCUUUCUAUCCCCAACUCCAAGAGCUCUCAAGAUUUAGAGAGGCCGUAACCAAAGCCACGAGAACAGAAGAAAAGAAAAAGAAAAAAGAAUCUUCCUCAGCUAAGCUCAGCUCACCUCGCCGGUCUCAGAGGAAAAUGCUGGCUCGCCUCGCCGCCAACCGUCUCCUUGAGAUCCGUCAGAUUUUCCGUCAGCCGUUGUCGUCGCGAUCCUUCUCUACUGCUCUCAACUACCACAUUGAUUCACCGGAUAACAACCCGGAACAGCCGUGGGAAUUCACUGAUGUAAACAAAGAGAAGGCUAAGGAAAUAUUAUCCCACUAUCCAUCAAACUACAAACAAUCUGCAGUGAUUCCUUUGCUAGAUCUUGCACAGCAGCAGCAUGGUGGAUGGCUUACUGUUUCAGCUAUGAAUGCAGUAGCUAAGAUUAUAGAAGUUGCUCCUAUCCGUGUUUAUGAGGUUGCAACAUUUUAUUCUAUGUUCAAUCGAUCAAAGGUUGGCAAGUUCCACCUGUUGGUUUGUGGCACAACGCCCUGCAUGAUACGUGGUUCUCGAGAAAUUGAAGAUGCCUUACUGAAACACCUUGGAGUGAAGCGCAACGAAGUAACUAAAGAUGGUUUGUUUUCGGUUGGAGAAAUGGAAUGCAUGGGAUGUUGUGUGAAUGCUCCCAUGAUUACAGUGGCUGAUUACUCUAAUGGAUCCAAAGGAUAUACUUACAAUUACUAUGAAGAUGUUACUCCCAAACGAGUUGUUGAGAUAGUUGAAAUGUUAAGGAAGGGGGGGAAGCUACCGCCUGGUACACAAAAUCCACUGCGGAUUAGGAGCGGACCAGAAGGAGGGAAUACUACUUUGCUGAGUGAGCCAAAGCCACCUCCAUGCCGAGAUCUUGAUGCCUGCUAAAAUGAUGGUAUAUUGCUGUCUCAAAUAAUGUAAAGCUUGGACAGUCAGGCUUUCAUGAGUAGUUUGCUCUACAUUUUUUUGGGUUCCUAAAUGAGUAUUUAUUUACUUUCUAGAAGAAAUGAGUCCAUCUCACUUUUAAUGCUGAAGAUGAAAGACUUGAUUUUUUAUGAUUCCAUCGAAGUUUUGCCGAUUCAUAAAUAGACUGGUAAACGCAGAAAAUCAUUUAGUUC